AUGGCGAGCGACAAUGCAAUAUCACCUUCUUCGGCCUUGAUCGCAUCUGGUGCGAUGAGUGAGCCCGGUCCUAUCAGCAUGAGCACCACCACCACUACGGCGGCGGUUAGAACCGAUAUGGGUAGUGCAGCGCUGCCGCCAUUGUACGAAUCUCCUUCUGCUGUCAAUGCAUCCACCGUCGUCGUGGCUCGGGCGGGAUCGAGUGGUGUUGGAGUGGAGCCAGAGAGAGGAGAGAUGGGUACGACUAAAACGAAUCUUGUACCGCUCGUGUUCCGUCCGAGACUCAAGAGAUUGUCUAUCCUCCCAAAGAAACGCAAGA